UAGUGGUUUUCUGCUACUCUGUGUGCGUUUGUUUUGCGUAUUUUUGCGAUUUGCUCUCGCUCUCCUGUGCGCUCUCUUGCGCCGAAGCUUUCACUGUGCUAUCUUCCUCCCCUACUCCCUUGCCACCAUCGCCGAAGCUUUUUGGCGUUGCGCUCGGAGGCACAUACGCCGGUUCUGUGCGCUGUCAGCUACGCAGAGUGUAAACAAACUGUAGCAGUCGCUACAUUGGCUUCGUCACAAAGUGAACCGCAUCCUUGCGUCGGCUCGGCUACCAUCCCGAUUCAUCUCUUACGUUGUUGUGACAAGACCGACAGAUCUGCGGUCCCGGCAUCAAGAGAGGCCUGAUGAACGGAUUUAGUACAGAAGAAGAAACGCAGAGCGGGCACAACCAGAUCUGCUGUCUCUUGGACGACUCGGAGCGGUGCACGCGGCCAGCCGGAAAUGCCAGCUACAGCAAACGCAUCCAGAAGACCGUAGCUCAGCGCAAGCUGAAGCUCAACAUUGAUCCCAGUGCACGGCACAUCUACAUCUGCGACUACCACAAAGGUGUCAUCCAAAGCGUGCGCACCAAGAGGAAGCGUAAGGACAGCGAAGACGACAAUGGUUCCAAUGAGCAAGAAAUGGACAUUCCUGAGGUUGACCUGUUCCAGCUUCAGGUGAAUACGUUGCGAAGGUACAAGCGUCAUUACAAAGUCCCAAUGCGGCCCGGACUCAACAAGGCAGAACUGGCUGAUACUUUGGCACGGCACUUCAGGACCAUUCCGAUUGCAGAGAAAGAAGCGAUCACAUUUUUCAUCUACAUGGUCAAGAACAACAAGAAUAAGCUGGACCAGAAGAAUGGUGCCGACCCAUGCUGAAUCAGAUCAAUGCUGUUGGCAGAGUGAUGUGCAUUUUGUGAAGCCGGUGCCCAUAUUCGUCUCGUGGACUGAGGAAUGCAGUUAGCUCUAUCAUCCCGCAAUCACCACAUUCAUCACUUCUGCUUGUAUAUAUACCAUCUAGCUGCUUCCUCUUGUACAUACUAUACAUAUAAACACAUAUAAAGUCAGGUGCAUUCUGGUGAGAAAAAAAAUGUGUACAUAAUAAAGCCAUGAUUGUUUAUUUGUGGAUGCAA